ACACUAACCUUUAUAUAAAUGUGAUAUUUUACAAAACAUAUAAAUAUGUUAUACGAAGUUAGUCAUCUGCGUAAUGCUUUUGUUGAAAGUCAAAGUCAAGUCAAUUGAAAGUGGUGACCACAAAUCAAUCUUUAUCUUAAUUUUUUUAAAUAUAUACACUAACUUUAAAUAUAUACACUAACCUUUAUUUAAAUGUAAUAUUUUACAAAACAUAUAAAUAUGUUAUGCGAAGUUAGUCAUCUGCGUAAUGCUUUUGUUGAAAGUAACAGCACUUUCUGACAGAAAAAAGAUAGAACUGAUUAAUCUAACGGUAAAUUCCGUUCUUUAAGAAAAUGCAGCGAUUCGUCGAUGCCGCGCAUAUUAAAUCGAUAAAUGUGGCUCCUUAACCAUACGUUCGGACAAUAGCUUAAACUGAGGAAAUCUACAUUCUAUUAUCAUAUGCAAAUGUUCAGUUGAAUUUUUAAACAUACUGUGAACGUUUAACAUAUUUUGACAAUUCAAAUGUAAAACGUUGGUACGGUUUUUAACGUGUAACGUUGACUUUUCCGCAACGAUCCGUCCUUAUCUUUUUCUUGUACUUAUCAAGAAAUGUCUACUACUCUGAACCAACAUGAUUACUUGGGAACCUCACAAUAUAUUGCGCAAAAAACCGAGAAAACGCAAUCGUGUCUUGAAUACGGCGGUGGUGAGACUGAAGGACUACCUCCUCAUUGUCCUCAACCCGAGAAUGAAAGUUUAACAAAACCCGAACAAGCAAUGAUAUCAAUUGACCCAUGGGCACCAGGCAGAGUAACCUGUUCUCUUAAAGGUGGGAUUACAGGCCUGAGGCCGGUUACAAAUCAAUAUUCCGUGGUUCUCCUUGGGCCAAAAGAAUGGCAGACACAUAAUUUAAAUAUUUUUCAACAAUCAAACGAAAAGAUCACUGAUGCUCAAAUCACAGCCAAUUGUGCAAGAGAAUGCGUGGAACAAUCUUACAAGGCUGUUGAUAAUGCACAACUAGAAGCAACAGAUCAAUUAAAAACACGUGCCAACCUGGUUCACCGUCAUAAAACACAACUAGAACACGCUAUCACUGCCAUCACUGAAGAAAUAAGAUUGUUGGAGACUGAACGUCGUCGUGUACAACAGUCUUUACUGGUACUAACUACACCUACAUCUAUCGCAGGCGAGUUUUUACAAUUACGUUGUUCUCGCCUAGAAUCAGAUCUCGUUCGCGAUGAUGUCGAAGAACAACUCGUCAAGGAAGUGACGCUCUGUUCCGAGGUAGAAAAUUUACUAAACAGAAUUCUCGAGCAAAUCAAGUUGCAAAUAGUUGAACUAAAGACCGUCAAAGCGCGAUUAGAAAAUGAUUGGUCCGAUAAAAUACACACUUACAAUAUAGAAUCCGUUUCUGUGAAUUUAUCGAACGAUUCUUCGCAGAUAAUGUGGAGAGCUGGAUCUACGAGAUUCCCAACAGUUCAUUCGACACCUACGAGUUAUGAAAACUUCACGCAAGAAUGUUUAAAUGCCUAUGAAACUGCUAUACGGAAAUCAACAGAUCUAAGGUCAACCUUGAAUAAAUUAUACAUUGAUUUCAUUAAAGAUUUGCGUGAUCAAGCGACUCGAGUUGACGUUGCACUCGAAGAAAAAGUGAAACUUACGCAAGAUGUUCUUCGACAAUUAGAGAUUGAAUUACUUCGCUGCUUGCAGGAACUAGCAAACACAGAAAAACUGAUCGUGGAACUCCGGGAUUCAAAAAAAGGUUUAAACAAUGCUAUGAAAUUAGCUCAAACGAGACUGGAUAAUAGGUUAUUUCGGCGCAAUAUUGAAAACUGUCGGGAUAUGCCUCAAUUAACACUCAUCGAAGAAGUAAAAUCUAUUGGCGAGCGUAUCUCUGCUGUAUUGGCAGAAUUAAAGCGUGCUGAGGAAUGUCAAGCAAAACUAAUCAAAACAAGAAGUAUUCUAGAACAUGAAAUAAUGGUGAAACAAAAGACUUUAUACAUAGACAGAGAACAAGGACAGCUGUUACGUUCACGUUAUCCUUCUGCCACAGCUUUAUCCGGAUAUUGACAAAUUUGACACGCAUACAUUAUCUUACUGAAAUUACUUUCAAAACUUGGCAUAUAAGUCGAUAUUGUUUAUUUAUCUAUCUUUUACAUACUAAUGUAACUCAAGUGAAAUACAAAAUACAUAUUGCGUAAA